CUGUAUUUGUGUGAACUUGCACCUCAAGACUUUAGUGAUGUCACUUAACAAUGUUAUGUAGAUAUUAAAAAACUUCCAUAACCUGAUCUCUCAUACAACAGGUUUCACUCUGAAGAAGAAGAAGAUUUCUACAACAAUACCUCACAGAUGGAAAGCAAUAAUUACAGCAAUGUCACAUUCAACUAUGAUUAUAACUACACCGACUAUGAUAGCAACACAACCUACCUCUAUUUUGAAACACAUAUUAUGCAUGUGAUGACAUGCGUAAUCAUUAGUAUCGGCCUUCCUUUGACUCUAGUGGCCAUCUACUCUCUUUAUUCCCAGGUGCAAAAUAACAAUGUUGCUCCAAUCUACAUCAUCAACCUCUUCAUCUCUGACAUCAUUCAGCUCUGCUGCAUGAUCGUCUUAGUGGCAAAACCUGAGGAUUUGAAGAUCUAUCGAAACUUCUUUUGUAUUUACUUCUUUGGUGUGCUGGCCAGUGUUGGCUUCAUGGUGUGUGUCGCCCUGGAAAGGUAUUUUGGCAUUGCUUGGCCACUGUGGUACCGCUUCAGAAGAACCAUCAAGAUCUCUCUUGUAGUCUGUGUCGUGGUCUGGACCCUUCCUCUUGUUUAUGUCCUUCCUUACUAUUACUGGGUUGAUCAUAUGGUCACAAACACCUUUUCCUAUGUCUUCCUCCUCGUUCCUUUCCCACUGCUCAUAUUCUUCCUGGGCGGGACCCUCAAAUCGCUGUCUGCUGCCAUCUCAGUCCCCUCUGAUGAAAAACGACGAAUUGUGGGGAUGUUGGUCCUGGUGCUACUCAUCUACACGCUGCUGUUUCUACCCAACAUCAUCUGGUACCUGGUAGGAGAAGACAGAUAUAAUCAUACCUUCAGUGAACUGACUCUCAUUCUUCUCAGAUUCAGUCCUCUUGCUGACUUGAUUCUGUAUGUUUUCAUUAGGAAAGGGGCCAUAGACAAGCUUUUGGCCUCUCUGUGUUGUUGCAGAAUGAACAGUGAUGAUAACAGCAGAUCAUCAUGGAAUGUGCCGGUGGUGCACGAGGCCCUAGUGAUUGAUCCCUAUGAGCCUCUGGAGUGCUCCUCUCUGAAGGCGUUGUCAUUCAAAACAGCUUUGCUGCUUGGGCUGACCUCAGCUAUGAGAGUGAGCGAACUGUGCGCCCUGUCGGUUCACCCUAGCUGUUUCGUGGUGACCACAGCGGGGCUACUCUCAGGCCGCCUGACUGAUUUUUAUAACUAUCAGAUUUAUAGUUUCUAA